GAAAGCAAAAAUGUUUGGUCUAGUUCAUUUUCCCGACCAGACUUACGGAAUAUAUUCAAUGAAAAAUAUUUCAAAGAAAAAAGGAGAUAAUAAUGCCUGCAUUGUAAAACAUAGAGGUGCCAAAUAUGAAGCAGUACUGAUAACAGAAAAAGAGAAAAAAGAAGAACUGAGGGUACUUCAAGAUGAAAUGGUUGGACAGCUAAAAUCAGUAAAGAAAUCUGUAAGCGAUAAUAAUUUCACUGAUUCGAAAAUUGGAGAAAAAUAUGUGGAUAUGGACAGACCAUCUACUUCCUCCAUCAACCAUAAAUAUGUUUCCUCCGUUGUUAAAAAAGAUGAAGAAAGUAGUGAUGAAGCAAUUCAAGAGCAAAGAGAAGAACAGAGGAUUCUUCAAGAUGAAACGCUCGAACAAAGAGAAUCAGUAGAAAAAUCUAUAGGCAAUAAUCAUUCCACUGAUUCAAAAAUUGGAAAAAAAUAUGUGGAUAUGGAAAGACCAUCUACUUCCUCCAUCAACCAUGAAUAUGUUUCCACCGUUGAGGGUAGAGAUGAACAAAGUAGUGAUGAAGCAAUUCAAGAGCAAAGAGAAGAACAGAGGAUUCUUCAAGAAGAAACGCUCGAACAAAGAGAAUCAGUAGAAAAAUCUAUAGGCGAUAAUCAUUCCACUGAUUCAAAAAUUGGAAAAAAAUAUGUGGAUAUGGACAGACCAUCUACUUCCUCCAUCAACCAUGAAUAUGUUUCCACCGUUGAGGGUAGAGAUGAACAAAGUAGUGACGGAGCAUUUCAAGAGAAAAUAAUUAUAGAAGAUAUAUUGCUUAAUCCGCGGAGAUCGCCAGAAAAAUCUCUAGUCUAUGAGGAUUUCAAUGAUUUUUCAAUUGGAACAGAAUAUGUGGAAAUUAACCGAUCAUCUACUUCUCUUAUGAAGAACUUCGAUGAUACUGUUUUCUCCACUGUUUGUGGAGAGGAGGAAGACAGAUAUGCAGAAUUUCAAGAUAAUAGUACCAUGGAAGCUUCAGAUAUGAAUGUUGACAAAAACAAACAGAGUAUUAUGCAACAUCAUGGAAUACCAGUUCAAGUGGAACCUGAAGAUGAGAUAGAAUUAUCAGUUUAUGGAGACAAUUCUGAUGAUGAUUCAGAUUAUAAUUUAUCUACUUAUUCAGAAACGCAAUCUGAUAACUCACGAGAUGGCAGUCGGAGCUCAACACCAUGUUCCUUUCUAUCUGAAAUGGAUCUGAAUAUUGAGGAGAAAACGCAACCGAAUGAGUCCAAUAAUAAUUCCCUCUCGAAAAGCAUCCAAGUUCAUUUAUCUGCCUCGUUAAACGAACCAGGGUGCGAUGAUGAAAAUAUGAUGGUAACUGAGUCCCGCGGAAGAAAAGGAGACAAGAAGGCAAAUUUUUGUUUCUACUGCCAUACGAAACAGCAAAAAAUCUCACGACACCUAGAGAAUAAACACAGCGGUGAGGAGGAGGUGAAAAAAUUUAUUAUGUUACCAAAAGGUAACGUAGAAAGGGCCAAGAUUAUUGGUCAGAUAAGAAAAAGGGGAAAUUUCCUUUUUAAUACGAAUGAGAAUUUAAAUGAUGGUGAGCUGAUUGUGGCGCGACGGCCUAAAAGCAGCAGGAAUAAAAGUGGUAGGGAUUACAGUGCAUGUGCAAACUGUAAGGGAUUUUUCUCAAAAGCCACCCUUCGAGUGCAUUUCAGAUCCUGCACAGGCAUUGAUUCCGACAUUAAAAGAUUGCCAAAUUUGCUAAGUAAAAAAAUCACAUCAAGAAUACAUCCUAUGGCAUCAAUAACUGUGAGAAAUCAUUUAUUCCCACCGCUGAGGGAGGAUGAUGUAUGUAGAGCAAUCAGAUAUGAUGAACUCAUCAUCAUUUAUGCUAACAAAAUGGUGGAAAAAUAUAGAGAACCGAGACAUUUCCAAAUGAUAAGGCAGAGAUUACGAUUAAUUGGUAAUUUCCUCAUUAAAAUGAAGGCACUGAGUAAGGAAAUAAAUAAUUUAGCCUCUAUAUAUGACCCAAAAUUUGUAGACAUGGUUUUAUCUGCUAUAAAUAUGUGUGCCCGGUACACUGAAACUACGAACUGCUUCGAAGCUCCUUCGGUAGCGUUCAGUUUGGGCACACUGCUGAAGCAGAUUGGCAAUUUAUUAAUAACAGAGUGCAUUAAAAACCACAAGGAAGAAAUGCGAAAAAAUGCUAAAUAUUUCUUGAAAGUUUUCGCUCAAGAAGUGAACAUAAAUGUAAACAGAACUGUUGCUGAAACUCAACUGAAAAUGAGUAGAACAAAAACAGUUAUGCUACCCACAAUGGGCGACAUAAAAAAACUCAGCGACUAUUUGACCAAGAAGAGAAAAGACGCCCUUGAGAAAUUGAAAAUUUGCUUCUCGUCAUUGGCCUGGAUAGACUUAGCAGAGGCAACGCUAACGUCUAUCCAGGUUUUCAAUAGACGACGCGCUGGAGAAGUCGAGAGAAUUAGCAUUACCGAAUUUGAAAAAUACGAAACGAUUGAGAGAAGUAAUAAUGAUCUAUUUCAAUCACUUUCAGAGAAAUCAAAAGAAAUUGCAAAAAAAUAUGUUCGAUUCACUAUAAGGGGCAAGUUGAAUCGGACGGUUCCUGUUCUAUUGGAUACUCAUUUAUGUGAGUGCAUCCAAUUAAUAAUAAAAAACAGAACAAAUAUGAGGGUCCACAAGAGUAACCCUUAUGUAUUCGGUACACCAGGGUCGGAUACAAAAAAGCAUCCACAUCUGAGUGCCUGCACUUUGAUGAGGAAAUUCUCUGAAGCUUGUGGUGCUGAGCACCCGACAAGACUACGUGGCACCAAUUUGAGGAAACAUAUAGCCACUACGUGUAUUACUUUGAAUCUUGAAAAUCAAGACGUAGUGGAUUUGUCGAACUUCAUGGGCCAUUCGGAGAAGAUACACAAGGGCAUUUAUCGUCAGCCCAUUAUAAGUAGGGACAUUUUGGGCAUUUCACAACUCCUGCAAACAGCUCAAGGAGAAAAUGAAAAUGCAAGCAGUGAUGACUCCGAAAAUGAGGUUGUCAAUGAUGAAGAACCAAUUCCUACAAAUGAAAUCAAUUCAACAGGAGGAACUCCAAAUCUUAGUGGGGGGAAUAGGAGGAAUUCCAGCAAAGCCCAUACCCUAUCUGGCACCCUCAAAAGAGUGAGGUGGACCCAAGAGGAGAAGGAUGCUAUUUUCCGUAUUUUCGGAGAAUAUAUGAAUAGAAAAGCUCUACCUCCUUUGAAAGUGAUACAAACAGUGAUAAAAGAAACUCCUGUUCUUCAGAAUCGCACGUCACCACAAAUAAAGACAUGGAUUCACAAUCAGCUGAAGGGCUCCAAGAAGAAACUUUCAUUUUCAAACUGAAUAUUUGUGAUAUUUUUAAUUUAUACAUAGUCAUUCGUUUUUAUUCAUAUUUAUUUAUUUUUUCAUAUAUUUAUUUACUUUUCAAGAAAGUUGUUUAUGUUUCUUCAUUUUCAUUCAUUUAUUUUCAUUUAUAUUUGUUCGUUUUAUUUAGAGAUUUAUUUAUGUUCCUUUGAAAUUCAUUUAUUUGUAUUCUUAAGAUUUUUUCAAGAUGGUGUUUCUUUCGAAACACUUCAUUUACAAUUGAAGUUUAUUAUUUUUCUUAAUCAAAAACCAAAGAAAAACCGAAUAUUUUAUUGUCACCAUAUUUUUAUGCCUUCAACUGGAAAUUCCUAACUAGAUAUUACAGAAGAACUAGGUCGACUAGAAAUUUGGAAAUGGAGAUUAGAAUAUUUAUCAUUCCUGGCUCUUUCGUACAUAUAGAGAAGAUAUUUAAAUUUGAAAAGAAUUAUGAUUCCCUUGACUUCCUCAUUAUUUAAAAUACUUUACCCAAUAAUUUAACUUCACCUUAUUUUUAUGACCUUUAACUGGGAAUACUCAAGUUCAAUCAAGAAGUUACUGAGGAACUGGGUCGACUAGAAAUUUGAAAAUUGAGAUUAGAAUACUUUCUCAAUCUAGGCUCUUUCGGUUAUACAGAGGAUCAAAAAAAUGUUCAUAACGGCGACCCCCCCCCAAUUUAAAGGCUAGGAUCGCCCUUGUCAUAAAUGCAAUUUCUGUAACGAAACUACAAUGAAAUAUAUUUUCGAAAAUAAAAUAAUCCUCAUAUUAAGA